GAAGCCCUCACUCUUUCGUUAGGCCUAGGGUUUCUUUCAAUCGCCGCCGUAUAGAGAGAUCUUCGAAAGCAGUUAAGAUGGAGCAGACCUUCAUCAUGAUCAAGCCUGAUGGCGUCCAACGCGGCCUGAUUGGUGAUGUCAUCGGGCGAUUCGAGAAGAGAGGUUUCUACCUGAAAGGGUUGAAGCUUGUAACCGUGGAGCGGUCCUUCGCUGAGAAGCACUACGAGGAUUUGUCGGCGAAGCCCUUUUUUCCUGGGUUGGUGGAGUACAUCAUCUCUGGUCCGGUGGUGGCUAUGGUUUGGGAGGGGAAGAACAUUGUUGUGACUGGUCGGAAGAUGAUCGGGGCUACCAACCCUUCUAACUCAGAACCCGGGACUAUUCGCGGCGAUUAUGCAAUUGAAGUCGGGAGGAAUGUAAUUCAUGGAAGCGAUUCGAUUGAGAGUGCCAGGAAGGAGAUCGCUCUGUGGUUCCCAGAAGGUCUGUCAAACUGGCAGAGCAAUCUCCACCCUUGGAUCUAUGAGUGAGCCUCUGCUGCUAUCUAUUCUGGCUCCCUGGUAGUACUCUUAUUAUUUAUUAUUACUCUAUUAUUCAACAGAGCUUUUGUUGUUGUUGGUGCAGCCUUUGUGCUGGUUUGUUGGCUUCGAACUUUUUAUUUUUGAAGAUGUAAGAGUAUUAAUUAUAUUAUGUAUGAGUUUGAUAUAAUUGACUUAGAAUCCUAUUUUUAUUUCAAGUCUCUGGUUGAUAUU